AUGUCGCGCGCUUCUUGUCCCGUUUCUGGCUCCAUUGGGGCUUCAUGUCCUGCGUCUAGAUCUUCGCGAGGUAGUCGCAGUCAAAGUCGCAGUCAAAGCCAAAGUCAACGACGAGGAUGUGCCUUUUCGGGCGCGAGCCAACCCGGUGAUAUCCAUGCUGCCUUUGAUAUCCCUCGAGGAGUCGAUGCAGAUGACUGGCUUCGAACAAGAGAACGAAGGUCCAUCAACGAACUCCUCUACAAAUCCUUCCCAUCCCGCGAAACCCUCGAUGGCGCAAAGACCCAACCCGAACUCGAUGCUCUCAAUGCAAGCGAUCACUCCAUCCUCGCUGCAGCCCUUGGCGCACCUGGUCGUCAAGUCCUUCGUCGCGCCGAAGAGAUUGGCCCUGUCACAGGCUGGCGCGACGGCUACCUCAGCGUUGAACAUGGCUUUUGCCCACCCGACUACGAAGAACCCAUCGCUGCUCUCGCUAGAUCACCCGGUCGCAUCUGGUCUGAUCUCUGUGAGCGUAUGCCAGGAUGUUGCGCACGAGGUCGCGUCAGAGAAGCUGUCGCGAAGCUACCUCUCGUCGAAGGCACAGAGGACAACAUUCCCGACCAGGCACUUUGGGGAGCUGUUGUUGCUCUGGGCAUGCUAUGCUCUAUUUACCGUUUUGAGGAUAAGCAUGAUGGCACGGAUGGUGUCGCUGUCACUUCCAGUACAUCGACAAAACCCACUUGCGAGAUGGGUGACAAGUUGUGUCAGGAACUCGAAGGUAUCCCGAUGUGUAUUGCACUGCCUUACUUCCAGAUCUCUCGACGCAUGGGACGUUCCUUGCCUCAUCUAUCAUUCCCUGAUCAAGCAUCCUACAACCUCAAAAUCCGCGACACGAAGUCGACAUACCCGUACCUGGCUCGUUUUGACAACACAGAUCUUCGAUGGCCAAUGUUUGGUGAGCGUGCGGAAGUUGCCUUUCUCAAAGGUUGCGCAGAUACAUCUGCUUCAUUCCAGCACGGCCCCGAUGCCAUCGCUGCCUGUCAAGAACAUGUUAUGACUGGUAAUGUUGAAGGCCUCUUGCACGAGAUGAUCCGUCUCAAGGAAAUUCUUGAACGAAUGCCCAAUGCCUUCCAUAGCAUUUCACCAAACCCCAAUGCCGGUGACAACUAUGUCUCUGCCGACAAGUGGGUUCGCUGGGGUUUGUUCUCUGCGCCUCUGUCGAAGCGUUGUCCCGCUGCUUCAGGCUUGCAGUUCCCACCCUAUCUCAUGAUGGAUGCAUUCCUCGGUCGAAAGACACACUCCUCCUUCCUCGGUGCCGAAGCUCUCCAUCUUCGCGCUUGGCUUCCCUCCAACCACCGUGCGUUCAUCGCCGCUAUCCAAUACCAUUACUCCAUUCCUCAAUUUGUCCAACAGUCCAACGACCCACGCCUCAAAGGUGUCUUGGAAGGCAUCGUGGAAGCCUACACUGGUGAACGCGGCUUCAUGGGCGUACACAGAUACAAGGUCUUUGGCAUUCUUGAGGUUGCUGCAAAGACAGGCCGUACCGCUACCAACGGGCUUUCUGGAGCUGCAGACGCCAACAGACCAUGGGAAGAGACCCAUCGACAAUUCUCCGACGCCAUGAAAGAGCGAUUGGAGCCUUUCCGAGGCAAACUUGACUUUGAGCCGCAUUCUAUGAGAGGCACCUUUGAAGAGUGCAGGUACAUGGGUAAAGUGGCUGGCGUGAGCUCCAUUGACAAGGAUACUAAGAGGGGGACUGCCAUGGUCACUAUCGACAUUCGAGACACAGGCAUCACAUUUUCGCCUGGUGAUAGAAUGGCAGUUAUGCCACUCAAUUCAUGGGAGGAAGUUGCGAAGAUGGUCGCAGCUUUGGGUCUCGACCAUCACCUUCGAGCCGAUGUCUACACCACUGGAACGUGGUCUCGCUUCGCUCAACAUCUCUCUUCCAUCACCAGCACUCCCAAUCGUCUCAACGUCCUUGAUAUCCUCCGCCGAGGCCAUCUCGCACCCAUCACCAAAGAUCUCGCCGUCAAAGUCCACGAACUCCUUCAUGCUUCCUCAAGCACUGUCUUGCAAGUACUUGCUACUGACGAGUGGCCUGUUCGUGGCUCAUUGGGCGAUCUUCUCCAGCGAGCCGUCACCGAUACGCCUAGUCACAUAUGGGACAAGGCAUUUAGCCUCGACGAUCUAGAUUGGUUGACUGACCUUGUGACUCUGGAGGUUCCCAGAACGUACUCCAUCUCGAGCUACAGCAAUGACCUUCUGCCCAGCACAGUUGACCUCACAAUCUCUCGCUCUGAGUAUGAUCUCUGUUCCAUGUUCGACCAAGGCGAGAGUGUCGUCCGGGCUGGUGUCUCGAGUGGCUUCUUCAACCCUGACCCUUCAGCCGGCGCCGACAGCGCCAUUCUCUCCGAUGAUGUGCUUAUCGGCGUCUCGCGACCUGUGUCGUUCCAGCUUCCCAUCGAUGACAUGGCCCCUUGCGCAUACUUCGCAGGUGGCAGUGGAAUCGCCCCGUUCCGCAGCUUCUGGCAGCACCGACUUGCAACAUCCGGACUUUCUGGCGGUCGGAACCUCCUCUAUCUCGGAGUUCAGUCUCGGGACAAGUUCUCCUACGAAUCUGAACUUCGCAAGCUUGUCAAUAUCGGAUUCAUGGAAGUCCAUCUUGCUCUUUCUCGAGAUCCCAAUGGCUUGGUGUAUGACGAUGUACUGCGCGAUCUAGUGGAGAAGGAGAUUCCCCCUCGAUACAUCGACACCUUGAUCAUUGAGCAGGGAAGCACUGUCUGUGACAUGGUCAUGUCGAAGAAGCAAGGCGGCUUGGGUGGAUAUAUGUAUGUCUGCGGUUCUGUCUCUGUGUUUGACUCUGUCAUGAGCGGUAUUCGCAAGGCCAUCUACACGUAUCGCACUGCUACUAUGGAGACGGUGGACAAGAUCAUCAACAAAGCUUUCGCUGAGCGACGUUUCAUGUUGGACGUGUUCAUGUCUCCACGAGCCAUACCCGUCAAUCUGCCGACCAUCUCACAAUCCAGUUUGGCCUUGCACACUGGUCAUCGCAAGGGCGGACGAAUGUGGAUUGCUGUACACGGCAGUGUGUACGACGUUACAGACUUCUGUCCGAUGCAUCCCGGUGGUACACUCAUCAUCAAGUCUAAUGCCGGAGUGGACUGCACCAAAUCCUUCGACAAUUUGGCCCACACCAACAAUCCCGAAGUAUCCAGUCUGCUUACCCGUUACUUCAUCGGUCAUUUGUCGCCCAAGCCUGACUAUCGCGACAAGGAUGUUUCCAAGCUGCAUGAUCUUUGGUCAGCGUAUCUGCGAACCACUGUUGAGACUCUUGUCGCGCAUCAAUUCGAGAUGAACGAUAUUAUGGGAGACACUCUUGAUGCACCUUCAAAGGAUGACCCCAAUGGUAUUACCAACAUUUGGCAGCGCGAAGACCUUCCCAACAUCAUCGCCAUUCGUACCUUCUACGGCUACCAGAGCCGUCUCUUGCAGGGUGGCUUCGCGGCAUUGUUUGGCCCCAAGUUGGAGGAGCUUGUCCUGCGACUCUCAUUUGUCUUUGCAAGCGCUGGUGGACCUGGCGCUGCUUACAAGCUACCUGACAUCCUGGGAGUCAUUGCUCGCGCAAAGACAAGUCCCGACGCAGCACUCAUCACCAAGGAGAUUAGCGCCCUCGGCGAUUUUAUCUGCGAUCCCACAUCUCAACUCCGCUUCCAGGAGCGAGGCGUAUUUAGCUACACAGCUAAAUGCGUUCAGCUCGACAUUGAACUUCUUGAAGAUCUGCGACAAGAAGCUUGCAACGGCAUGGAUGCUUUUGACAAUGUUGCGUCCAUGCUUGAUCAUUCCGAUCCUGAUGCCACACCAUUGGCUGCGCUAUCUACGUUCUUGUUACGAACACUUGAGAAGAUGGCUCAUCGAUUGGCAAUGUUCUAUGCUCAACUUGCACGUCUUUCGGUGUACCAGCCGGAGCUUGAGCACAACCCUGCUCGCACGCGAUGGGCAUUUGUCAGAAAAUGCAUCCGCGAUGGCACAUUCUUCGUGCUUACAAGGGAAGUCAGCAGCGAGACGAUGCUGGAGCAGAGCGAUUUCUACACCGCGUCUCAAAAGACAAACUUUGACGAGGUGGUGACACAGAUCAACCACCGUAUCAGUAUGAUGGUUGAGGAAGUACCACCGGAGCCUGAACCAAGCAGUGUCAACGCGGUGCAUCAAGAACGUGGGAACAACUUAAGCAACACGACUACAGUGGAUUCAGCAGCAGAGAGACUCAACGUGGGAGCAGUUUCGAGCAUGUCUUCAUUUAUCCAGAACAAUAAGACUGCAAUUCGCCGGCUGAGCAGUAUGCCCAACACAUACAUGGCUAGUCCAUACCAGCUGCAGAACCUCCAGACAGCUCUAUCGUCAGAUCCCAACCAAAUGCUCAGUGCGCGAAUGAUGAUGAUGACAGGAUACGCAUCAACACCAAGUGUAUCAUCGCGCACGUCAUCACCAUCCUCACGACGAACCUCCGUAAGUCUCGGAGCAUCAAGCGCUACAAGUUCAAUGCCUCAUUCAUCGGGAGGAGAAUCGCUAUUGAAGAUGGAUGGAAUGAAUAGGCGAUCUCGUGGACAGAGUGUUGCUUCUUCAGCGAGACAGAGUAUGAGUUUGGCAUCGUCUGUAGCAGAGAGGAGAAGUUUAAGUGUUUCCAGUUUGCGCAUGUCGAGGAAUAUGAGUAUGAGUGGGAUUGGAGGUGUUAAUGCUUCGAGGGGAAGAAGUGAAGAGGCUGGACAAGGGCAUGGGCAUAUGAGGGAAGUGUCUGCUAGUAAGCUUCUUGCAUUGAAGUUGGGGGCUUUGGCGGAGCAGAGGAGGAACUUCUAUUAA